CACCGCGAGCGACACCGAGCCGAGCCGGCGUUAGCACGGCGCGAGACUGCUCGUUUAUUACACCGAGAAUGAGGUGAAAUCGACAGGAUGGAGGCGAGAGCAGGACGAGGCUGAGGAUGAGUCGUGGGAGGCGCGCGGGAGAGGGAAUAUUCCGUCGUUAUUCGGUGGAAUGAGAUGAACUGCGGGCUGCUGCUGCUGCUUUUCUUCCCCCGAUAAACACUGAUUUUUAUUCCUGUCUGGAUUUUGUGCAAAAAUACAGCAAUUAAUCGAGAAGAACAAGAAGAAGAAGAAGAAGGAGGAGAAGGAGGCAGGAUUUUUUUCUUUCCAGCUUGGGGAUAAUAAUAUGUCAAGACGCAAACAGACCAACCCUUUUAAAGUGAAUUGUAGGUAUCCCAGGGCCGUUUCACAUGACAGGCUUCUCUGGCCCACAACACGCUUCGGAGAUGGAGGCCAAAGACGACUUUGAUGAAAACCCUGCAUGCCACAGCGCCAACUGCGGAGACCUGGACGAGCAGGACGGCACCACCGAUGACAGCGACAGCGACUUGGACAAAGAGAACUCCUCCAGCACCUCGGCCGAUGACAACAUGGCGUGUCACAAGGCGAGUCAGUGCUCCGUUCACGGCGGAGGCAUGAAGGAGGAGAGCGAGAGGGAUUCAGACCUGGGUGGUAAUUACGCCUGUCCCAUCUGCACCCUGGAGUUCAGCACUCCAGAUCAACUCAUUGCACACGUCUACCAGCACACGUCGACGGUGGGCAGCAGUAAAAGUUACAUCUGUCCGGUGUGUGGACGAGCUCUCAGCUCACCCGGUUCUCUCGGACGUCACCUCCUCAUCCAUUCAGACGACCGACUCUCCAACUGCGCGGUGUGCGGAGCUCGCUUUACAGAAACCAACAACUUCAACAGGGAGAAGCUGAAGGAGUUCCUUAGUGCCAGUGAUUUAGAAAGCGACAGCGGCGAUCAGACCUGCUCCAUGGUCCAGGCCGUGACCGUCUCUGAUGGUCACAUGUCCAUCCAAGGGGCCAAUCACGGAGCCUCCCCAGGCUCGGGCUACGCCCCGCUCCCGGGCAGCCUCCUCUCCUCUGGCUCUUCACUGCCCUCCUUCCCCGACUCGCUGCCUGACUUGUUGAACCCCGUGCCCGUGUACCCGGCGGGCGUGCUGCUGGUGUGUAACAGCUGUGUGGCGUACCAGCAGUUAUCGGGCAGUCCGUCCUCCGCCAUGAGAAAGUGGGCGUCGCGGCGCAGGAACGAACCGACGGAGGCGCGGGUGCAGCGGCUAGAGCGCGAACGCGUAGCCAAGAAGAGCAAGCGUGAGCGCGAGACGCCCGAGGAGCGCGAGCUGAGACGACUACGCGACCGAGAGGCCAAGCGCAUGCAGCGGCUGCAGGAGACGCAGGAACAGCGGGCGCGGCGGCUCCAGCGGGAUCGCGAGGCCAUGCGCCUCAAACGUGCCACGGAGACGCCCGAAAGAAGACAGGCCCGGCUGGUGCGCGAACGAGAGGCCAAGCGGCUUAAGCGGAGACUCGAUAAGAUCGAACCCGCCCUGCGCGCUCAGAUAGAGCACGAUCCCGCUGCCGUGGCUGCGCUCACCGCCGACGUCAACCUCUUCCAGUUCCCCUUUUCCGUCCCGGUCUCCUCGAUGGACAACGGGCUGUUCAUGAAAAUACCCUAACGGAUUUCCUCUCGUACGUAAUAAGAUGAAAUUAUUCUGAUAAGACUCACGUGACCACCUUAAUUUAUAAACAGGUGAUAUUUGUCCUGAGGUGAAAACCAAAAAUUAUGUUUUGAGUCCUAAUUCACGUUAUAAAAAAUGACGCUAGGUUCUAAUUACUGUUAAUCGGCACAGCUUUAGCUAGCUCGUUAACCUAACAAGUGAGGGAAAACAUUUUUUUUUCCUUCCUUGCACAGCGUUUAGGGCACAAACAGCUGGCCGGUUUUCACCUGAGCACAAACAGGAACUCCGAUAUUUAUACUCCCCCGCAGGGUAAAGACUAUCUGACGCCCCUUCCUCACGACCAAGCAUGUUUUAGCGAUCUGUCUCGCGUAAUUCUACAGAUCUAAUCUGCAUGUGGACCUACAGAGAGGAGGAAGAGAUGUGCAGCCCGAUGGGGCCGGAGUUUACUUUUUGUAGCUACAACUCCUCCUCUUCCUCCUCCUCCUCCUUUUCCUGCUGGAGCUCUGAUCCACAGGUUCAACUACCUCGUCUCGAGACCUCUCUGCGCUCGAUGUGUUCUGUUUGGACUGCAGGGACUCCACACACACACACACACACACACACACACACACACACACACACACACACACAGUGGUGCUUAGCUGCUUUCAGAAUAAUAGUGUCGUAUCUGUCAGACGUUUCAAAAAUUAAGUGAAUGUAAUAAUGUCUCAGCCAGCAGGAGGCAGUCAUGAGCACGGCUCCUGUCACUGUAACUACACUCAGUCACAUAAUCUAAUGAAAAAAAAUGACACAACUAAAUGUUGCUGAUGUAAAAAUGCUAAACUUUUAGUUCCACAAUGAAAUUAUAAAAUAUUGCUUUUAAAAAAAGCAUUUAAAAGUCUUUUUUUUUUUUUUACUUUAACUGAUCAGCCCUGUUUAUAGGACAUUUAUUACACAACGCCCUCUAGUGUCACAUUAUGGAAUUUAUAUUUAUUUUUAUUUUGGAUAUCUCUCCUCUAACAGUAAACAGAUUAACGAGAGAUGUGUUAGAUGCUUAUAUACAUAAACAUAUUUACAGGGUAAGGAGUCUCCAGUGUCCAGAGCUGUGGAGGAGAAAGACGUCGUUGUGAAAGCAGACUUAUGCACAGAUGACUCUCUUUCUGAAAAGAAAAGAGGAAAUACCACUUGACAAACUCCCUCUCUCUCUCUCUCUCUCUCUGUUUCCACGCUGAACUUGUGGUAAACUCGAAACCUCCGUACUGAUCUACAUAUACAGAACAACAACUAAAACAACACGGGUUCCUUCUUGUCUCAGGGAUGUCGAGGGUGAACGGGUUCGUCCUCGCAGCCUGGGAGGAUAGAAGAGAAGAAACUCUCCGUGCUUCUUCUCUUUGACGCUGCAGAACCGUGGAGAGAAGCACUGCCUCAUCCUCGCUCCAAUUGUUUUAUCCACACCGACCUGCUGCUUGCUUACUUUUUUUCUUUUUUUCGGGUUUGACAACCCGUCCACGACGCAACAAGCGCUCAACUGACUAAAACUCUCAGACUCUCAGUCGCGCGACGUGACCUGGAACUCUCGUAGCGGCGUUCUCCUCUCCUCGACUCUCUGUGUAUCAUGAUAAACGAACGCUAAUGCUGCCUUUGUCACUGGAGAAAUCUUUUUUUCAAUGUUUUAUAUUUCGAGACAGGCAUGACAAGUUCUGUUUAAAAUAAUUAUUGUGAAAAAAAAAAACUGAUUGCAUGAAAGAUGGAUGAAUGCAGAUUCGAGGCAGUGAGCAUGUUUGUAGUUCGAUGGAUGAUUUUUGCAUUAGAAGGUGAAUAGAUUUAUACAUAUUUAUUAAAGCUGCUGUAAGCGAUGUUGGUCACGCCUUUCCUCUUCGGGUCCGAGUUCGAUAAGGGCAAAAAUAACCGCAAAAUUUAUCUUAUAGUACGCGUUGUUUUUAUGAUUUUAAAACACCCAGUGAAGAUGCAGCACUGUGCAAAAGUCUUUUUUUUGUUUCUUUUUAAAUUUUUAUGAUUAUUAUUAAGUUAGUACAAAAAAAAGGAUUUCCGUUUUCAAACAUCAGUAUUCCAGAAAACAUGUAUGUAAGCCAGGAAAGAAAGCAGCACAUUAUGUAAUAGUGACGGGAAUCGCCAGUUACCUCCCGAUCCGAUAUCACGAUACCUCGGCACCGAAUCUUGCACUUAUAUAUACUAUAAGUAUCAUGAUUUUAUAAAUAUUCCCAUUCGAUAUUACAUUUGUCCUUGAUUUAGUUCCAAUUUUAAACCUUCAAAAAAAGUUUAAGUAAUUCAUUAUAUUUAUCCCGCCCUUUAUAACAAAAUUUUUCUCACUUAAAAACCAAGUGCAGUGUAUUUAAACAAUACAAACUGAGUCAACCGCCAUAACUAUUAUUUCUAAACAAACUUAGCAAACACUUAACUCCUACCACACAGGAUGAAAAUGUGUAAAUAGUUCAGAGUGCGCCACCUGUAGGAUUAUAAAGAAAUGACGAUGUUUUACCUCCUCAAACACCUCCAAAAUGUUAAAACGCAACAGUGAGUGUAAGGGUGUGUGUUGGCUUCUAACACACGAUUGUCCACUAAUUAUCGUCAGCGGGGAUGUGAGACUGGUGUAGGUGUGUGUAAUGAGUUUGUUUGAGACUGAUCAGCUCAUGGAGUUUGGAGAACAAGGCAGAUUGGAGGCUUUUAACUCGCGUGAUGGUGAAAAAUGUUUCUGUUGCGCCGCUUGGAAGCUUCUACGCUCCGUACAGGAUCUGUAUUUGAGUCUGAUUACUGGUCACGCUCAAUCAAACUGGAAAAAAUUUAAAAUUAAAAAAUCAUUGACACCAAAAUGUUUUUAUUUUAUUUUUUAAGUGUGGCGAUACGUAAAUCACCAAAUGAAAGAAUCGCGAUUCAUAACAGCAUCUAUUUUUUUUCCGCAUCUUUAUUAUUAUUAAUUGACCACCUUUUAGACAAAAAAAAAAAUCAUUAUUUAAGCUGCCGGGUUUCAGACACCUAAAAGCGUCAUCACACCAAAUACUGACCUUGAUUCAGUAAUUACUGUUUACAGGCUUUAUAAGUAUAUAUAAGGUUUUUAUAGGAGUCUUUGCGUUACAGCAGUCGUUUCAUGUGCCUAAGACUUUUGCACAGUACUGUUUAUCUGGAAAUUAAGAAAAAAAAAUUACAGCUCAGUUAAACUAGCUAGCUAAUAUUGGCAUAAACGUAUAUAAAAGGAGGCUAGCUGGCUAGCAUUAUACUAAGCGAUGAGUUAACUAAACUGCACCUAGAUAUCAAGCUAGCUGAAAUGUAAUUGUGAUAAGGCUUUUCUAGGGUUUAUUUAUUUUUUUGUUGUUUGUUUGUUUGUUUUUUUCUUCCCGCUGAAGAACAGACCUCUGUUUUAUCCCAGAACUUCUGCUAGCGAAAAAUAAAUAAAUAAAAAUCUUCGCUUCACUUCCGCUCGCGUCUCUUUUGGCAGGUUUCCCCCCGCGAUCGCUGUCAGGAUGUAACUAGCCGAAGUGUUCUUAAAAUUCGAUUACAGCAGCUUUAGAUACUGUUUACACACAGAUUUAACUUAUCCAUAACUCCUGAAUGAUACCUCUUGAAAACAAACAAACAAACGAACAGGGUCAGAUCAUAUUGUACUUUAUUGUUUACUGUAAACUGUUUUCCUUUCCUCCAUUCCGAUUCUUUAUUCCAGUUAUCGCUGAAAGAAAAACAACACUGACACGCCAGUUGAGGUUAACAAGAUUGACCGUUUUGAGGUUUUUCUUCGUUCCUGCCGUCGGAGCCGACGCGGCAGCGUGAUGUUGAGUCUGGAUCAGAGAUAGAAAGAGGUGCGAGUGAGAUAAAUAACUAUGCAACGAUUCUGUACUCCAAACCCUGUACAUCUUGACACUUUCUAUUGAUACUAUGCAGCUGAAAGGUGAAAGGAGACGGGAUUGCAUACAGCAAAUCAACAUACACACACACACACACACACACACACGCAUCUAAACUCUGAAAUCUGUACUUGGCACGUCUGAUGUAUAGGUUUUUGUUUCCCCCUCCCGUGUUGAUCGCGGUUUGGAGCGAUGGUGUGAAAAAUCAAAUCUGAGUUUACAAACCAAGUAUCAGAGUUAAACUUCGGUCUACACUCAAAAAAAACAAUAUCUUCUCAUGAAACAGCCUCUAGCCUACAAAAACCCUGUUUAACCCUAGAACCCAUUUAGUUAAAACGCUCAGUUCUGCGUGACACGUACUCCUCACAGGAACACAGGUUCCUCUAGAACUCCUCUAGAUCCUGGAGAACCAGCAUGUCCGGAAUUCUCUCUAAAACACUAAAGUGGAUCUCCAGGAGUGUAGUUGGGAACCUGAUCCUGAGAGGAACAUCUGAAAAACCCCUACGCCCUUAAUGUACUUUGAUGUGGAGAUAAAAAGUACCUGGCUUUCGACAACAUCGUGACUUCUCCAGCUAACGAGACGUUUUUUAUUCCAAGUUCUGAUUGGCUGAUAAAAAAAAAAUGAAAUUUAAACAGCAGCACCUGCGCCGCUGACGGAAAUGUAAAACCGUUUCAUCUUUUGCACAAAACAAACCUCGCACAUGAAUUACACCCGAUCUUUUAAGGUUUAAACUAUGUUUUUUCUUUUCUUUUCCCUCAGAAUGUGGGUCUAGAAUUCGCCUCUUCUUAUCUUGAUCCAAAAUCCACACGCAGGUUCGGUCCUUUUCGAGGCCAAUCUAUUUUUAAAAGAAAGACCAGAGAAUUUUAUGAAACACUGGUUCUAAGGUGUGCCAAGUGUGUGUGUGUGUGUGUGUGUGUGUGUGUGUGUCGAAGUGUUAUGCGUUGAGAAGAACCCUGAAAUGUGCAUGCAUAUGUUCCUCUUUUAUACGCUUGUGUUUUGUUCUUUGCCUGCUUCGUUCUCUCGCUCUGUGUCAAAGGACCUAAAGACAAAUUGGCUUUUUUUUUUUUGGUUGUGUUUUGUAUACAUUUUUUUUCGGUUCGUCCUUCAGGAGACGCUCGGACCACGUUUACAAACGUCUACAGACGGCAAAACGGCUAACGCUACGUGUCGACUGGCACGGCUUGUCGCCGAACGGCUUUUCCUCGACCUUUGACCUCAAUCUGUAUCGAUCGCAGCGGAUCCUAAACCAUGAAGCCUCCCGUUUGUCGAACUCUUGAUUGACUGAACGAGCCGUGCGGCGGAGCUGCAAGUCGACACGUGCGCGAGAAAACAGGACAGAAGUACAGUAGUGUAUUUAUACACACAUGUGGAAAGCCAUUCUCUGUUACUGGAUUAACAGAUUAAAAUGUCAGGAUGAAACUGGGAUCAAUAAACGUUGACCUGGCUGCAAAAAUGCAUGUGUGUGUGUGUGUGUGUAUUAGUGUGUGGAAACAAUGCAGCUCUUCACGAUUAGAUCUUCAC